AUGGCUCAUUUGCUUCUCUUUGUAUUGGUGUUUGCGGCUCAACUGAUUGCUGGAUUCAGUACCCAAAAACUACCAACAUCCCACUCUGGAAGCAUGAUAACUAUCCUGAGCAUUGAUGGUGGUGGUAUCAAGGGGAUUAUUCCAGCAACAGUUCUUAAUUACUUGGAUAAGGCUCUCAAGGCAAAGGAUCCAAAUGCAGAUUUAGCACAUUAUUUUGACGUGAUAGGAGGGACAAGCACGGGUGGACUCAUAACAGCUAUGUUAGCUGCCCCAAGCCCUGAUGACCCUAGUCGUGCUGCCUUUACUCCUGCACAAAUUGUAGACUUCUACGUAGAAGAUGGCCCUCAUAUAUUCAAUACAUCUAAUCCUGGAGACGGUCCCAUAUUCGAUGGUCAGUAUUUACAUAACAUAACACGUGAACUGUUGAAGGACACACGACUUAAUCAAACAUUGACAAAAGUUGUAAUCCCAACUUUCGACCUCAAGAGACAAAAGCCAGUUAUAUUUUCAAGCUACAAGCUUGAGAGUGCUCCCUACUUAAAUGCCUUGUUGUCUGAUAUAUGCAUAUCAACUUCAGCUGCACCCGUGUAUCUGCCACCCUACUAUUUUGUGAAUGAUGGUGUUGAGUUCAAUAUGAUUGAUGGUGGUGCAGCAGCUGGGAAUCCGACACAAGCUACGGUGAGUGAAGUGUUACAACACAAUAAGUAUCCCAAAAUCCUAGUGUUGUCUUUAGGGACUGGAACAACGAAAAUUGAGGAGAUCUAUGAUGUUCAAAUGGCUGCCACAUGGAACCUUCUAGACUGGAUUACUAAAGGAAUAGGUCUUCUUGGUGGUGGUUCAACAGCCAUGACUGAAUUGUACCUUGCUUCACUCUUCUUAGGCUUCCAACCUGGCAAUACCUACCUUCGAAUUGAGGAAUAUAACUUGGAUCCUGCUUUCACCGACAUGGCUAAUGUUACAAAAGAAAACUUGAAGGGUCUUAGUGACACUGGAAUAAAUCUGUUAAAAGAAAAAGUUGUGAGGAUGAAUUUGGAUACUUUUAAUUUUGAAGACGCAGGGGAAGGAACAAAUGCUGAGGCUCUUGACAGGUUGGCUGAGAUUUUGUAUGAAGAAAGACAGGAUCGUCUGAAACGAAAGUCUACUGAAAGAGGAGGAAGACCAUUUCUUGAAACUCUUAGGGUUCCUUCAGACAAAACCCUAGCUAAUUGGGCAUUUCUAAAUAACAUAUUUAUAUAA